AUGCAGAACAAAACAAUAAACGGUAUUGACACUGAAAUUGCGUCCAAUGGAAGUGCUGUGUACAGUGGAAAAGAGGUCUUGUAUUACAACAAUACCUUACUGUACCAACUAAACCAUGAACGGAUGUUGUUCAAUGUACCAGUUAUCGUCGUUUUAUUUGUCAUCAUGUUCAUUGGAUUCUUUGGAAAUAUUUUAGUGAUCGUAAUUUAUAAAUUUUUCUCGCCGAAAACACCGGCCAAUUUUUACAUUUUAUUUUUAGCUGCCGUGGAUAUCAUGAGCUGUGUUUUCUGCAUUCCGUUUCAUAUUUAUAAAUUAUGGAAUCCGUAUGUGAGUGCUUUACCUAUAAUUUGCUGCAUCUCGCGGUUUCUGGAAGGUUUUUUCAAUCUGACAUCAGGAUUUAUUCUAGUGUCCGUAGCUUCAGAGAGAUAUUUUAAGAUUAGCCUCCCUUUAAUGCCCUAUGAGAUGGACAAAGCCAAGAAGAUUUCAGUAGUUAUAUCUAUUCUGGCGGUGGUCUUGUCGUUACCGCAGCUGCAUUUUAACAAGGAGACUAUCAUGUUAAUUGGAAAGUUGCAGGUUGUGGGGCAGUAUUGUGGGGCUCUUUACGGUAACUCUAUGUAUUUAUUUUUAUACCAAGGCUUUUUGUUUCUGGUCUAUUUGAUAUCUUAUGGUGCUUUUGCUUAUUUUUAUGGUAGAAUCGUCAUCAUCAUUAUUAAACGUCGAAUGCAGAUAAAAGCCAACAAGUCGAAACGUAAGGAUUCUGGUAGCAUGACGCAAUACCUUAACUCAGGUCAAGUUACGGGUAUAAGAAUGCGAUCCAGUAAAACAACAGUAUGUCUGGCAACCAUUACAUUUACUGUCAUGACUGGAUACGUACCUUUUCUGACCAUCAUGUUAAUACGAACUUCCGGUGUGUCGUUACAGACUACUGUAACGCCAUCUGGUGAAUAUUUCCAUUACGGUUCGUCUGCCAUUGUGGAUUUAGCGUGUACACUGUGUGUGAAAUCUUACUUUAUCAAUUCAGCUCUCAACCCGGUAAUCUACAGCGUUUUAAACCCAGCAUUUAGAUUCAGAACAAGACAAGCCUUGAAAAUGACAAAAGGGCCUCGAACACAAAAGACUUCUAAUUCUGUAUCACUGACGUGUUGA